AAUGACUGAAAUCAAAAGAUCUCUGUGUUUCUCUAAUUCUAUGGAAUUCGGUAUUUGUUUUGUUAUGGUUUUGAUCAUAACAUCACGAAUUCAAACGAUUUUUUGGUAUUCCACUAAAAACAAUGCCAUUCAAUACAGAUGUAGCAGCUCAUCAAAUUCAAGAGCGUUUGAAAUAUAUUUAUCAAACGGUUCACGACAUACAAAUCGAACGUAGUCGUUCCGAGCACAGUUUGAACGACGUUAUAAAGGCCCAUGAAAAAGUUUCGCCCGAUGACAAGCUCACAGCAUACUAUCAACAAAAAUUGCGAAAUCUCUACAACACAGCGGUACACGAUGCUCAACGGGAAGAGGACUUGUUGCGCAAAGCUUUAGUUAAAAUAAACGAAAUUCGUGCCAUAAGGAACGAACGUAGAAUCCAGGCACGCAAUGCUGGAAACAAGGAAACAAUACGACGAGGAGCUUUAAUGAAAAUGCUACUGAGUACAGCACAAACUUUGCCUUUAUACGUUGGAAAAUCACCUGGAGCUAAAGCUCCGCCACUUUGUGGUGCUGUGCCAGCGGAAUCAACAUACAUAGCUAAAAUGGGUGACAUGGUUGCAGCCUUGGUCAAAGGUUCGGAAGAAGAAGAAAACUGGAUUCUUGCUGAAGUUGUGUAUUUCAACUCCACAACCAAUAAAUACGAAGUCGACGAUAUUGACGAAGAGCAAAAAGACAGACAUAUUUUAUCUCGAAGACGAGUUAUCCCUUUGCCACUGAUGCGAGCUAACCCAGAGACGGAUGCACAUGCUUUGUUCGCAAAAGGAUCCAUCGUAAUGGCUCUGUAUCCUCAAACCACAUGUUUUUAUAAAGCUGUUGUGAAUCAACUGCCAAACACAGCCACUGAAGAAUAUGAAGUGUUAUUCGAAGAUGCAACCUAUUCGGACGGCUACUCACCACCAUUGAAUGUUGCUCAACGUUACGUCAUAGCGAUAAAAGAGAACAAAAAGAAUAAAAGUUGAAGAUUUAUCGAAAUUCCGUUAAAAAUUCUGCGAUGUUUGGUUUCACGUCUGUUUUCAAGUAAUGUAUUUCGUUCACAGCAUAAUCCGUCGCAUCAAUGAUCUUUAUUAACGUGGUUUUUUUGGAACACUUCAUAGUUAAACUAAAUGUAUAUAAAACGUUUUUGCGCGAUCAAUGAUUGAAAGAAUGUAUCAAAAUUUAAGCCCUAAAUGCAUUUUUUCAAUGUUUAUUUAACAAAUCGUAUUCAUGUAGAUUUUAAAAGCUUACUGGAAUUUAAAUAAAAAAUAAAUAUAUACGAAUCGAUCAA